AUGCACUUCCCAGCCGACUUGCAGAUUUACCCCGGAGCCCCGUGGAAUUUCACCGACACAAAUGAGUCCCUGCAAUUUAGUGCCAAAGACGGUCUAACAAUGGGACUCUCCGACAGGGCGAACUCGACGAGAAACGACAGCGACCCGUUUGGAAGAAACGAAGAGGUCGCGAAGAUAGAAAUAACGGUUCUGAGCAUCACCUUCGUCGUGGCCGUCGUUGGCAACUUGAGCGUUUUGUUGGCUAUGUACAACACCAAGAAGAAGAUGUCACGGAUGCACCUCUUCAUCAAGCACCUGAGCCUGGCCGAUUUGGUGGUCGCUUUUUUUCAGGUCUUGCCGCAGCUCUGCUGGGAAAUCACCUUUCGCUUUUACGGACCGGACUUUCUGUGCAGGAUCGUCAAACACCUGCAGGUCCUGGGCAUGUUCGCCUCCACCUACAUGAUGGUCAUGAUGACUCUGGACCGCUACAUCGCCAUCUGUCACCCUCUGAAGACGCUUCAGCAACCCACCCAGAGGUCGUACGUUAUGAUCAUCAGCACGUGGAUAUGCAGCCUGGCGCUGAGCAGUCCGCAGUACUUCAUAUUUUCCCUGAGCGAGAUAAAAAACGGGUCUGACGUGUACGACUGUUGGGGUCACUUCAUACAGCCUUGGGGUGUGAAGGCGUACAUAACGUGGAUAACCGUCGGCAUCUUUCUUAUCCCAGUGGUCAUACUGAUGAUAUGUUACGGUUUCAUUUGCCACAGCAUCUGGAAAAACAUCAAGUACAAAACCAAAAAGAGCACGACGCACACUGCGUUUAAAAGUGGUUUGAUCGGGAAGACCUCCGUCAAUAGUAUCACCACCAUAUCCAGAGCUAAGCUGAGGACUGUCAAAAUGACUUUUGUAAUAGUCCUCGCGUACAUUGUCUGCUGGGCUCCAUUUUUCAUCGUGCAGAUGUGGUCGGUUUGGGAUGAAAACUUCUCCUGGGACGAUUCCGAGAACACCGCGGUCACGCUCUCCGCUCUGCUCGCGAGCCUCAACAGCUGCUGCAACCCGUGGAUCUACAUGAUCUUCAGCGGCCACCUCCUGUACGACUUCGCCCAGUGCUUCCCCUGCUGCCCGAGAAUGCGGCAUGCGUUCAAGGAGGACUCCGACAGCAGCCUGAGAAGAACCACGCUCAUAACGAAAAUCGCCAACCGAAGCCCAACGGGCAGCUCGGGCACCUGGAAAGACUUCGACAACCCAAUCAAACCCAGCGGCGACAUCCCGAUGGAUUCGUGAACGCGCGUCUGCGUCUCCGCAAUUAUUUAUUGACAAUAACGAACAACCGAACUCACGUGGUACAACAGAUCUUUACUUUACAUACAGACUAUUCCUCGGGCACUUAAAAUCCCUAGGAAAUGAUACGGUCAUAUUCAAUGAAAAUAUGACAGAAACAUAAACGUGGCAACAGAAGGAAAAAACCCUGUAAAAUAUAAACUUUGAUUUGAUAUAGUAUUUCAGCAACAUUUGAAAACUAGAAUUAAAAAAAAAAAUCAGCUUCACUGCAAUCAUUGUCAGCUGAUGUAAUUUUCCAAAUACCUGGGGCGUACUUGUAUGUGUAUAUCAAAACAAUGUGUUAUUGGGUGUAAUUACUUGAACAUGCUGUUGGGGAAUAUAAUUUUUAUAAUAUAUGACAAUCUCUGUACAUAAAGCUUUACUGUAAAAUAGAUUUGGUUAAAUCGUCUGUAAUUAAUGUUACUGUGCUCUAAUAUUAAUGUUUCACACCAAAAUCAAUCACUUUAUAAAAGGCUGCAUAACGUCCUGUUCAUGCAUGCGUUAAUGUGCGCAUUUUACCUCACAUCAGUUGCAUUCUGGUAUACGUGUCAUUAAGCUGAAAUAUGACUUUGCCCUGAUUGUUCACAAAACAGCACUUGGGAUGCAGUGAGCUCGUGGGGGGUCUGGUGAUCAAAACGCGUUUUCAGUUCAACGUCACAACGAUGAAACAGUCUCUGGUCUCACCACUCACGCAUUUAUGUCAUAGAUUCUUACUGCAAAUAUGCAUCGUACAGUUUCAGCUCUAAAUACACCGAAUAUACGAAAAAUGUCUCCACAAACCACGGCUUGAGUUUACUGCUGCGUCCGAAAUAUUUAGCUGUGCUUUCACGAGACAUGACUCUGUGUUCUCCAUCUGUCCAGCACCUGUACCGCGUUGGGCAUUUUGAUCAGAAAAACGUGGCUCCUAAAGUCGUUCCCCAGUCGCAUCUAUGAAUGACGUAUGUUACGUGAACUACAGAGGCCUGAACGCUCUGUUGCCAAGGAAGAUCAGUCAGCUGAUAGCGCAGCUGGAUAACAGCAAGUGCUUCUGUUUCAUGCGCGUUCUUCAGUGGGGGAAUCUGCCUUCCCACACCGGCUGUGUAACUUCUUUCCAACUUCUUUCAUCCGUCAUACGCAAAGUUUUACUUUUCCCAUCUAAUUUUCCACAAUCCGUUCUCCAAACUGUUCUUCAUACCGUUCUUUGUUGUCUUUGUCAGACUAACUUCUCUGUUUCCAUUUCGGUGAAAUCUGUAUUUCCAUUCUGAGAAUUACAGUGCGUCAGAAAAAAUAAUGGAAGCAAAUGGACAAAAUGUGACUUUCUGCUGCUCUGCAAACCUUAUGUUGUUCCAGGUGCAUCUGAUUUGUAUAUUAAACGUUGUACACACAUUAGAUGUUGCACAUGUAAAAUUAUAUUAAGAAUAAAAAAGUGAUUGUACACACGAA